UUUCAAAGCGGACAGAAAUUUGCAUACAAAAAUUCCACGUGACUGCGGUAUUACAUGUUUAGACAGAGACUCGACAAAUCAGUUGCGUUUUGGUCGCCCGAUAGAAGACACAGGCUGCAAGUGGAGAAACAAUUCUGUCAGACGUUUGCAAUGAUGUUAUCGCAUUUGGCAAUACCCGUUGCCCUGUUGAUGGCAAUAGCCUUGGCUAAAGGUGAGGCUACUAUCAAAGCAACAUCAAUGAUCACACCAGACUGCAAGCGAGUAUUUUCUUACAAGGUCUAUGGAAAGGUGGAAAUGGUGCAAAAGGCCAGCGGAGGUGAAACAACAAUUACCGUUAAGCUCUGGGGUUUUCAACCAAACACAGUUCAUGGAUUUCACAUCCACGACAAAGGAGACAUCCACAGCAGAGGAUGUUUGAGCACUGGUGGACAUUACAAUCCAUUUGGAGUAAAUCAUGGCGCAAAAGACGAUAUUAUCAGACAUGUUGGGGAUCUUGGAAAUGUAAAGGCUGAUUCGAAUGGGGAAGUUCGGUUGACAUUCGAAGACAAGAUGGUGUCCCUCGUUGGCAAGUACUCAGUGGCAGGACGCGCCUUUGUUGUGCAUGCAAUGCAAGAUGACCUUGGUAGGGGAGAAGGCAGUCAAAGAGCUGGAAGUUUAAAAACAGGGAAUGCUGGGGCAAGAGUUGCAUGUGGAAUCAUUUAUUAUUCCUAAUUUUUCAAGCUCUGAGAUUUUUGUGUAUUCACAGUUUGAUUUGUUAUAUCAUUUCUAAAAACAAA